GUCAUUAAGAUUUGUCACAAGAUAUAUUUUCAUGGAAGGCGAGUGAAAUGACGAAAAGGGACAUGAAAGAUGGAGCCGCAGAUCUGCAAGCUCAUCCCCCAUUUUCGAUUGGGAUCAGGAUAUUCUGCCGCUACCGGCCAAAUGGCCAAUUGAGCUGAAGAACAAUCUUCAAUUCCGCUCACUUUCCACUUGUAGACGCCGAUCAAAAUCUUCAGAUUAGGGUUUCUUUUUCUUUUCUGGGAUCUUCGCCGGCGACGAGAUAUGGUCUGUUCCAAGUCCACAUCUGGGGAGACCGUCCCCUGUGAUUUCUGUAACGACCAGGUUGCGAUUCUCUACUGUAGAGCCGACUCUGCUAAGCUCUGUUUGUUCUGCGACAAGCAUGUUCACUCUGCCAAUUUGCUCUCUCGGAAGCAUGUUCGUUCCCAGAUCUGUGAUAACUGUAGGUCUGAGCCGGUUUCGAUUCGUUGUUCCACGGAUAAUCUCGUUCUCUGUCAGGAGUGCGAUUGGGACGCUCAUGGAAGCUGUUCGGUCUCCGCUGCCCACGAUCGAACUCCGAUUGAAGGCUUCACUGGCUGUCCUUCAGCGCUUGAGCUUGUUUCCUUAUGGGGUUUCGAUCUUGGAGAUAAGAAGCUGGAGGAAUCCGAGAUGUUGGUGCAAAAUUGGGUUUGCUCACAGGAUUUGGUUAUGCCCAUUGAUUCUUGGGCUUCAAGAACUAGUGCGACUGCUUUUAAUGACCUCAUUGUUCCGAAUGAUAACCCCUUUCUCUUCGCGAAUCUUAACUGUACGGAUGCUGCUUCCAUGUUCAAGAAGCAAAGUCCGAGCUGUGGAAAGCAUAAGCAAGUGAUUUACAAGCAGUUGGUUGAGCUGCUUAAGAGGGAUUUCGAAGGCGGGGACGAUGAUGAUGGCGAUGACACUCGCGAUGGUGAUGCUGGUGGGGAAGAUGUUGGAUUACAGAGUAUGGUUCCUGAAACAACGAAUGGGGAUUGUUAUUGGCAAGGGGAUUUGGAAGCUCGUCGAAUUCAAAAAGAGGAUGAUGGGGGUUUUGUUGGUGCUGCUGCUGCUCCUCCUCAGCCAUUACUGCAGCAACAAACUUCAUUUACCUCUCUGCUUACGAUGCCACCCCAUGUGGGUUUGAAAGAUAGCGAGCGCUCUGUUGAUGAAACUGGUGUAUGGGAUAGCAACCCAAAUCGUCAAAGCAUUCAAAUUUGGGACUUUCAUUUAGGACGGUUAAGGGGACACAAAGAUUCGAAUUCAUUUGAUGACGCCUAUGGCACAAGCAACAUGGGAUUUACCAUUAAAAAUUUUGGUGAGUUUUUGAAUGAAACAUCCCCGACAAGCCCGAAGUUGCUAGGAGAAACCUAUCAGAUCAAUUGCUCUAGCGUACAUGAUGAUAUCCCAUCAUUCAAUUGUAAUGUCAACAAAGCAGCACUAAGUCAGGGAGCAGCAACAUGCGAGAGCAUCAAUGUGCCUAACAACAAGCUGAAAUGUGGUUCUAAAAAUAUGCAGCCGAUCGAACAACCUAUUAUUGUAAAAGGAGACAGUAUAUUGUCGACAUCGGCAACCAAGGCUGACUUGGAGCUUAUUGCACAGAACAGAGGCAAUGCAAUGCAGCGUUACAAGGAGAAACGAAAAACUCGAAGGUAUGAUAAAUACAUUCGCUACGAGUCGAGGAAGGCAAGAGCUGAUACAAGGAAGCGAGUGAAGGGUCGGUUUGUGAAGGCUAGUGAAGCCCCUGUUUUUUGAUGAUCAGCUUCCAUGGUUGAAAGUAGCUUUUUGCUUUCUUGCUAUUUUAGUUCUGUGUGUAUAUAUUUUGGUAUUCCUUCCACUUAUAAUUUGUUCUAACGUUUUAACAGAGGUGCAAAUGCACGUGAUUUAAUUAUCUAGGUAGAGGUUAAUGUUAUGCAUAUUAUAUAAAUGAUGUCAAUAACAAUUUCAUGCUUAAUUUCUAAUAAUCAAGUCAAGAAGUAAUUUUAAUUAUGAAUA